AGUUGCUGAUCUAAUUAUGUUUUGAUAUAAAAGUGAUUGAGGAACUCAAAGUAAGCGUCAGUUUACAGUCAAAUGUUUUAAGUCCGCUUUUCCCAAGGCAAUAAAAUGAAUUUACUGAAUCUGACCGCAUAUGUUAACACCCGAGCAGAAGCCAGAAUUUUGGACAAUGCAAAGAAUCCACCAGGACAGCGCCUUCUUGGCUGGGACUUAUCCCCAGAAGAUCUGGUCCACAUACCGGAACACUGGCUUGUCUAUCCCGAACCGGAAGCUUCCCUUCAUCUGCUGCUGGGAUUGUUAUACAUUGCUUUCUUCUUGAUGGCAAUCAUUGGUAACGGACUAGUAUUAUGGGUAUUCAUGGCUGCAAAAAGUUUGCGAACCCCAUCAAAUAUGUUUGUAGUAAAUCUAGCCUUCUGUGACUUCAUAAUGAUGUUGAAAGCACCCAUAUUUAUCUACAACUCAUUUAACCGAGGUUUCGCAUGCGGUAAACUGGGAUGUCAAAUAUUCGCAUUUGUUGGCUCUCUCUCUGGGAUCGGUGGUGGAAUGACCAACGCAUGCAUAGCAUACGAUCGAUACGCCACCAUAACGAAUCCUUUAGACGGGAAAGUAACAAGAACAAAAGCAUUCGUCAUGAUACUUCUAGUAUGGAUGUACACGAUACCAUGGGCCGUUUUGCCUUUACUUGAAAUUUGGGGACGAUUUGUACCUGAAGGAUUCCUAACAGCUUGUUCUUUCGACUAUUUCACAGAUACUUUCGACAAUCAUUUGUUUGUCGCUGUGUUAUUUACAUUCUCUUACUUUAUUCCAAUGGCUAUGAUUAUUUACUUUUACAGUCAAAUUGUAGGUCAUGUGUUUAGCCAUGAGAAAGCGUUACGAGAACAGGCAAAGAAAAUGAACAUUGAUUCACUUAGGAGUAACCAGAACGCUAAUGCUCAAUCUGCAGAAGUACGUAUUGCAAAGGCGGCCAUCACGAUUUGCUUCCUGUUUGUGGCAGCAUGGACUCCUUACGCUGUCCUUGCCAUGAUUGGAGCAUUCGGUGAUCAAUCGCUACUUACACCCGGAGUGACAAUGAUUCCUGCUCUUGCUUGCAAAUCAGUUGCCUGUUUAGAUCCUUAUGUUUACGCAAUUAGUCAUCCACGAUAUCGAAUGGAGCUUCAGAAGCGUUUGCCAUGGCUGGCGAUCAAAGAAAAUUCUCCUUCUGAGACGCAAUCAACAGUUACCACAGAAAAUUCUACUAGUCAACCGAAUGCAUAAACUCUGCAAAGUUAAAUGGACAUGCAACACCGGAAAAAAAUACUCUGAUAGUAGAUUGUACUAUAAAUAUAGAUUGUUUAAUUUGA